UAUCAUUUUACGUAUUUCUCGUAUCAGCAGUGUAUUGGACUACAAAUGUUUUGCACCCAUGUGCAACUGCAAUGCUAUCUUUUGCAUUGCUAUUAGUAACAUCUGUAUUUAAUAAAAUAUUGUUGCAAAGUAUAAAAAUACAUAAUAUUGUAUUAGAAUCAUUUGGCGCUAUGUGUUUCAUCGCAGCUGUAGAACAAAGUAAAAUACAUAAACGCAUUUCGCUUAAAGUAUUGAUCAUUUUUGGAUGCUCCCACUAUAGAUUAAGUUUUCUCCUGUUUUUUACAACAAUGAUUGCAUCGAUGUGGUGUUACAGUAUAACUGCAUGUGCGCUUAUGAUUCCAUUAGUUAAAGCUAUUCUAAUUGAAUUGGAAGAGCUAGGAAUCGUGGAGGUCUAUGAAAAUGCGAACAAGCUAAGUAGUUGGUAUGUAUUAUUUGUAGUAAAAGACAUAAAUAACUUAAGAACAUUGCAAACUUAUAUCAAUUAA